GCGAAGCUCAGGCCAUGUCCCGGGACUCCCCAGUACUGUGGGAGCUGGUGGAGGAGCAUGUCCCACUCCCGGAGCGGCCUGAAGUGAAGAGGAUUCUGGGGGAGGCAGCGGUGGACCUGAGCCUGGAGUUGCGAGAGGAGUGGCAAGGUGCCCCAGCUCUCCUUGCAGGUGGCGAUGCUAAAGGCACUGCUUCAAGAGUUUCGAUCUUCUCAAGCCUCUGGAUCCCACCCCGUCUCUGACUUUCCCUCCCUCCUGGCACCACCACCCCUCUUGAGGGAUAUCAUGCGCCAAGAACUCCGACAGUUGCUCCAAGGCCUCCGCCUUAAGGCUAUCUGUGAGGGCAGGGACCAGACCCAGGCAUGGGCCCAGUAUAAUCCCAGGGUCCUUCGCUUUGCCUUAGAGGAGCCCAGGUGUGACUCAGCACCACAGGAACUGUCCCAGAGGAGAGCUGGUGAACCCAGGACUAGAAUGAGCAACACGGAGGGGAUGGUGUUAACUUCACCUGUCAGCAGCCGUCACAGGGACCUCAGUGCCAUCAAGGAUGAACUGAAUGUGUCUAACAUUGACCAGGUUGCUAGACACCUGAGGAACCUCCUGGAGGAGGAGUGCCACAUGUUGCAGAAAGAGGUCUCUGAGCUGCAGACAGGGUCCCUGAACCAGCUCUCUCCACAGCACUGUCUGGAAAUGGAGCAGAUGCAGGCUUGCCAGUCCUCUAAGGCCACUCUAGAGCCCACCCUGGCAGAGAUAAAGGAACAGAAGGCGGCCAUGGAACAGGAGCUACAAGUCUCUCUGGGGCCUUCCGGUAUCUCUGCCAGGCACAGGCAGAAGCCCUUGAGGUCCAUUCCGGGCCUCAGACUCUUUCCUUGUCUCCAUGGCUACAUGCCUACACCUCCUUCGGAACAUUGCCCCCACCCUCAAAGUCAAGCAACCACCCGCCGCUGGGGACGGCAACUUCGAUACAGCUAUUGGGAAGAGCCUACUUGCACAGCAGUGUCCAGCGCAGCAUCCCAAGCUCCGACCUGAAGGGCUGGUCACAAAACAGGCUUCCGCUGUAACUCCCCCAUCUGUUGUUACUCCAGCUGCCAUAGCUCUAACUGUUUCUGCUUCAUUCUCAGAUGAGCUCACACAGUCCCCACAAAGCUGUGUGUUAGUCUGGUCCCAGCCCUACCCCUUGUCAGGUCACUGGUAUCUAGGACUGAGUGGCAGAACACCUGUUGUAACCAUCAAAGCUCUGGACCCUCUCUUCCACUCAGGCCUCCACAGAAGCUUGGCAAACAGAGGUCCCAUCCCAGCCUGACUUUUGUCCCCAAGGGACCCAGACAAAGCACAGCAGCAGCUCAGAGACAGGAAUAGAAAUUUCAUUAAAAUCUACGGACUUUAAAA